CAAUUCAAUUAGAUCCAUUACUGACUUAAGUAUCGGAGUGUCUUUGAUCUUGGGCAGUUUGCUCGUUUUGCAGGAAGACGAGACUAGAAGAUCAAGUUCAGAAACUCUCUUUUCCCAAAUUAUCUAGUCAUAUUCCAUUGAGGUAAUUUCAUUUUUUGCCUCCUACAUUUUUUGGUGUCAUCUGUGUGAAGAUUUUAAUCAAUCGAAACAAAAAGCUAUGAUGUCAAGAGUCAGAAGUGCCAUUGGAUCACCUGUAGGCAGUUUUGUCUUGGGUAAUUCUGAUCCGGUAUCGCUUCCAUCUGAUAGCAACAUUAGAUUGCAUGUCAACAAAAGCCCAUCUAGACCCCACGAGAAUGACGAGGUAUGCUCAGCAAGUUUCAAACCAUCUAGGAAUCAGAACCAGCAAAUUAUAGAUCGUGGUGAAUUUUUCCAUGCCGAGGGGGAGAACCACUCCUUGGCAAAGUUGGUCCAAUCCUUGCAGGACCGACUUGAUGCGCAUGAUAAGCUAUUCAAGAAAUCCUAUGCCAGGGGAAAACGAUCUAAUAAAAGAGGAUGAGGAACUCAAGGCCAAGCUAAAGAAGAUGACAAGGAAAGAGAAGUGUGUAAGGGAAAACCAGCGAGGAAGUCUCAAAAGGAAACAUGAUAGAACCAAAAAUGCUGAUGAAGUUAAGUACCAACAGAAAAGACCUCGGAUCCAGGAGGAGAACUCAUGGA